UCUCUUUAAAUGAACCCAACACUUUGUAUGGUGAGCAAAAAAAGAUGGAACACCUAAAAGCAGAGGGAGUGGAGAGCCAAAACCAACUCCCACAGUGGGAGCAACCAGGCAAAGGCACCACCUUUCUCAAAACUUGCGUCAAUGGGGUUAAUACCUUAUCAGGUGUGGGGAUACUAUCAAUUCCAUAUGCACUUUCACAAGGAGGGUGGCUGAGCUUGCUAUUUCUAUUCCUAGUAGCAAUUCUCUGCUGGUACACAGGAUUACUCCUACAACGGUGUAUGGAUGCAAAGCCUGCCAUAAAAAAUUAUCCUGAUAUAGGUGAGGCAGCCUUUGGAUGCAAAGGAAGAGCCAUGGUAUCCAUGUUCCUGUACCUUGAGCUGUACCUAGUUGCAGUUGCGUUUCUGAUAUUAGAAGGUGACAAUUUAGACAAGUUGUUUCCAGACAUGGGGUUCAAAAUUGCAGGCCUAAAGGUUCGAGGGAAACAAGGCUUUGUUCUGCUCACUGCCCUUAUAAUUCUGCCAACUACAUGGUUGAGGAGUUUUAGUAUCUUGUCCUAUUUUUCUGCUGGAGGGGUCAUGGCUUCUGUUAUUGUGCUUGGUUGUGUUUUCUGGGCUGGUGCAGUUGAUGGUGUGGGGUUCCAUGAAGGGGGAAAGCUUUUGAAUGUGGGUGGCUUGCCUACUACUAUAAGCUUGUUCACCUUCUGUUAUUGUGGUCAUGCAGUUUUCCCAACACUCUGCAAUUCAAUGAAAGAUAGAAGCCAGUUCUCUAAGGUUUUGCUGGUCUGUUUUGUCACCAGCACCAUCAACUAUGGAUCAAUGGCCAUCCUAGGCUACCUGAUGUAUGGAGAAAAUUUGAACUCUCAAGUGACAUUAAAUCUUCCAAUUAGAAAAAUUAAUACAAAAAUAGCAAUUUACACUACACUAGUGAAUCCCCUUGCUAAGUAUGCAGUUAUAAUAACCCCUAUUGCUGAUGCUAUUGAAUACAAAUUUCCUUCUGGAAGCAGUCGAUUAAGUAGUGUCCUCAUCAGAACAGCAAUUGUGAUCAGCACAGCAGUUGUGGCAUUGACAGUACCAUUUUUUGGCUACGUUAUGGCAUUUGUUGGUGCUUUUUUGAGUGUCACAGCCUCAAUGUUGUUACCAUGCCUAUGUUACCUAAAGAUUAACAAAACUGCCCGAAGUUUUGGGUUAGAGUUAAUAAUAAUAGUGGGGAUCUUAGUUAUAGGUUCUUUUGUUGGUGUAGUGGGUACCUAUACUUCUCUGAAACAAAUUGUAAACCAUCUCUGACGUUCAAGAUGGCAACUUGAA